CCAGCAACCCAGUCAACUUUUUCACAUCGCCUUUCAAAUUCCCUUAACCACUAUUCACGCCAAUGGAUCGUUCCAGAACCCGUUCCCUAUCUCGAGGCCGCUCCCCCAGCCGUUCGAACUCCCCGCCUCGUGGAGGGAGAUCUUAUUCUAGAAAUUCUCGUUCCAUCACUCGUUCUCGUUCCGGGACAAGGUCCCCCGUAUCCAAUAGAUCUAGGUCUCCGACACAGUCUCCCGUUUCCAGGGCAAGGUCGAGAAGCAGGAGUGGUAGCAGGGGAAGGAGCUAUUCACGAAGCGCUAGUCCUGAGAUACAGAGCACAAAAAUUGUGAUUGAGAAGCUCACAAAGAAUGUUACCGAAGCUCACAUCAGCGAAAUCUUCUCAAGUUAUGGGGAGAUUAAGAUGUUGGACAUGCCCUUAAAUCACCAAUAUAAUACAAACCGUGGUGUAUGCUAUGUCAUCUAUCAUUCCUCCUCCUCCGCUCACGCUGCUAUCGCACAUAUGCAUGAGGGUCAGCUCGAUGGUGCAGUAAUCAACGUUUCGAUAGUUAUACCACGUCGCUCAGACCCCUCUGGCCCUGGCUCUGGCCCUCAGACUCGCAGACCUCCCCCGGGCCCUCGCUACCGUGGACAGCCCGGGAACCGCUAUCGAUCUCCGCCUCGCCCUGUGGCGAAGAAUCAGGGUGUGGACUACGUGAUCUCGUUCCGAUUCGGAGGUACAGCCAAGGAGAAAGCUGAAGCUCAGUUUGAAAAGUUGAUUGCUGCCUUGGAUUCGGUUGGGCUUAAGACUGAAGCCCGUGACGGUGCCCAUGGAUCUGUUCUCGUCUUUGUCACUGCUCGCUCUGAGCAGAAGCUUAUUGGCGACGUUUACAGGUCUCGAGUAAAGGAUUGGCUUUUCGGUGUUCGCCUUGCAGCACCUGAUAAGGAGACUCAAAAAUCGUUAGAUAAAGAGCCAUUGACAGAGGCAGAGAGGUUGAGAAUUCUGUACAAGUUGAUCACGUUGCCAGUGGAUGAAGGUGGUGUUGGGAUUACCCCCAAACAGGGUCCCUGGACCCUAGUGGAGAGUGUUUUCCCGUUGCAUGACCCUGAUUUCAACAAGAUGUGGUUGAAGGAUUGGUCUACCACCUGGAUAGUUUCAAUAGAGGAGCUGGAGAAAUUGAAAGAUCGGUUUGGUGAGAGGAUUGCCUUCUACUUCGCUUUCCUACAAUCCUAUCUCUCUUUCUUGGUUGUUGCAGCCAUAAUUGGUGUGGGAUCCUACUCCUUGCUUUCGCAGUAUUCGCUUGUCUUCGCUAUUUCCAACUGUCUCUGGUCCGUCAUCUUCGUUGAGUACUGGAAGCGCCAGGAGGUCGAUUUGGCCGUCCGGUGGGGCGUCCGCAACGUGUCACAACUACAGAACAAGAGAGCUCAAUUUGUACAUGAGAAGGAGGUUGAGGACCCUGUUACUGGAGAGGUGGUCAAGUUUUUUCCGGCUUGGAAACGCCUAUGCCGUCAACUCCUCCAGGUCCCAUUCGCCUUGGGAGCUAGUGGUAUGCUCUCGGCGUUAUAUGCGACUAUUUUUGUAAUUGAGAUCUUUAUUUCGGAGGUUUAUAAUGGACCAUUCAAGUCUGUUUUGGUCUUCAUUCCUACCGCACUGUUAACUCUAUUCGUUCCAAUCCUCAUGUCCAUCCUCAUGAAAGUUGCAGCUGGGCUGACGGAAUUUGAGAACUAUGAGAAUGAAUCAUCCCAGGAAGCAGCAAUGACCCAGAAAAUCUUUGUUUUCAAUUUUAUCUGCUCUUAUGUCCCGCUUUUCCUCACUGCAUUCAUAUAUGUUCCUUUCGGAAAUCUGAUUAUACCCCACUUGGACGUUUUUGGCUUGACUGUCCAGCCUUCCACUGCAGAUGGGAAACCAAUGGCAGCUCCAGUAUUCCAGGUCAAUACUGAUAGACUAAGAAAACAAGUCAUCUACUUUACCGUGACUGCGCAAGUUGUCAAUUUGGCAUUGGAAACCAUCGUUCCAUAUGUCAAGAGGAGAGUUUUCAGAAAGGCCAAGGAGCUCCAGAACAACAGAAAAGGCUUCGAGGAGGCAGGUGAAGUCAAUGACGAUAAGAGCGAGCAUGCAUUCUUAAAGAGAGUCAGAAACGAAGCGGAGUUGGAUGAAUACGAUGUCACUGCCGACCUUCGGGAAAUGUGCAUGCAGUUUGGUUAUCUGACUUUGUUUUCCCCGGUCUGGCCCUUGGCUUCUGUCUCAUUCUUGAUUAUCAACUGGAUCGAGCUUCGAAGCGAUGCCGUGAAAAUUUGUGUCGAGAUGAAGAGGCCUGUUCCUCAUAGGGCCGAUUCUAUCGGCCCUUGGCUAGAUAACCUUGCAUUCUUGUCCUGGAUGGGCUCUAUCUCUUCGGCAGUCCUCAUUUACCUAUUCUCCGACUCUACUACCCCCGCGGGGACUCCUAAGGAUCUUACACUCUGGGGAGUUCUUACUGCCGUUUUUUUCUCGGAGCAUAUAUAUUUCGCAACCAGGCUUGCAGUUAGAACCGCAUUUUCCAAGCUCGGUAGUCCAGGGCUUCUCAAGGAGCGGCGUGAACGGUUCAUGGUACGCAGAAGAUUUCUGCAAGAGAGCCUCGGUGAGGAUGAGGAGGCGGAGAUCAGCGAUCUGGAGAAGAUUGGCCAUGGCACCCGGGUUGUGCCCACUAGUAGCAGUGCGCUCUGGGGUAAGCAGCGAGGACCCGGAGAAACAGUUGCCGCUGGAAAAGAAAUUAUCGAGAGCAGUCUCAGCAAAAAGACGCAAUGAGGGCUAAUAUGAGAUGAUUGGAGAGUGUCUGGAGGAGCGCCCUAGGAUGGGGGUGUAGACAAAGCAUGCUUCCAUUUUUUCCCAUUUGCGAUAAUCCUUGUUCUUUGGUCUGACAGCAUCAAAACUGGCAUGCACUUUUCGCAAGGUAUGUUAUGCCUUGAGUUUUGCAUGUAUUCUUGUUUUUUUUCUUCUUUUUCUUUUUCUCUUUUUCUUUCGAAUUGGCAAUUGAAGAUGUGCCCUCUAAUUAGCUUAUUUCACCUAA